CCCUGCAGGAUGGCAGGGGUUGGAGGAAGGGAGGGGAUGGGUAAAAACAAAUUAUUUUCAUUCAGUCAUUGUUUCCUAGCAACCAAAAAAAAAAAAAAAAGGCAUGUGUUUUCCUGAUGUCUGUGAGCACCAGCCCAAGACGAUGAUGUUCAAUGCUCCAGCACGCCUCCAGAAGCAGGGAGAGAACAAAAGCACCAGAAUCCGUCUCUGGUUGCUUGUAGGCUCAAAGAGGCUGACUCUUCCCCAAGGAUAUCAGGGGCAGUGUAAGCUACAGAUAUCUGCUCAUCUGGACAAGGCUUAAUCAUGGAAAGAAAGCUCCUAAAGAAGGAAAUGAAAAAACUCCUGGGAGAUUAUAUUGGCAUCAGACUUCGGGAAAAUGAAUUUGACCCAAAAGGAAGAAGGCAACUCACCUUUCUAGAUGAUAUGGCACACUAUGACUUGGCCAUCAAUGUUGCUUUGCAAUGGCUGGAUCACUUGGAAGACUUCACUUGGCUGGAGUGGGAGAAAGUGAAAAUGCCAUUUCAUGGCAGACCCACAUAUCCAAACCGGAAAGAAAGAGAAGCAAUGAUUUUAUCAUCUUACGCUGGAAUCUUAAUGAACAGUCUCCCAGUUGAGGAAGUCUUUAAAAUGUAUGGAGCCGAUUCUUCUACCAAUUCUGGGGCCACCAAGGUUCCCCGAGCUCCACCUUUCCGCCUCUCCUUGCACCCCUUUGCCAUGUUAACGGCACCCAAAGCAGCAGAAUACGCCCGCAAACAGGGUGUCAAGUUAAGAAGGGGAGCAAACAAAAACACCGCCAGCAUCUCUGCAAGGGAAGUACAUGUCACAGCAUGGAAAUCAUCAAAAAAUGUAUCUUUGGACAUCCAGCCCAAGAACAAAAAUUCAGAGAAAGGUCAGAGAGGCACUGGGCUGGAGAAGAAGGAAAAAGGCAAGCGAGUUCUUUGCCCUUCCCGCCCUGGCUCUUUACUGUAAUGUGCAAAGUGAAAAGGAAAUUUAUAAAGACGUCAGGAAACCCAGUUGGUCAACAUAAUAAAAGCUGAGAGGGGCAAGAGUCAGAUAAGUGGGACAGCUGGGCGUCUGGGAUAUUUUAGGGCUUUGCAGAAUGAGGGACUGUGGGUCAGCAGCAGGGCUAUAAGCUAGGAAAAGGAAAGGGAAUUUUGAAACUUGGUACACUGGAUUAUGAAUUGGGUUUGCUUUCAGAAACACAAGUGAAAAUUAAAAUUUCUUUUUAGGGGGCACCUGGGUGGCUCAGUCCCUUAAGCGUCUGACUCUCAGUUUCAGCUCAGGUCAUGAUCUCAUGGUUUCGUGAGUUCAGGCCCCGCAUGGGACUGACUCAGCACUGACAGUGCGGAGCCUGCUUCGGAUUCUCUCUCUGCCUCCCCCCUGCGCAUGCUGUCUCUCAAAAAUAAAUCAAGAAACUUAAAAAAAUUACUUUAACAAAAUAAAAAAAAUUUUAUCUACUUUGGUUGCUGUACUGUUCAUUUUUUAAUGUGAAUCUCUGAAUAGACUGGACCACACAGGGCUCAGGAUUUAUUCAGGUUUUAGAGGCAAACUAUUGGCUGGUAAGAAAUGUAUCCUUAUCAUAACAAUUGCUUUAGGAACUGCCUGAAUUCUUUGGUCAUAUCAGGGUUUUAAGAAGUGUUGUUCUGGGGCAGCUGGGUGGCUCAGUCGGUUGAGCUUCCGACUUCGGCUCAGGUCAUGAUCUCACGGUUCGUGGGUUCAAGCCCCGCAUCCGGCUCUGUGCUGAGAGCUCGGAGCCUGGAGCCUGCUUCUGAUUCUGUCUCACUCUCUCUCUCUGCCCCUCCCCUGCUCACGCUGUCUCUCUCUGUCUCUCAAAAAUAAAUAAAUGUAAAAAAAAAAAUUUAAAAAAAAAUAAGUGUUGUUCCAGUAACAUAGCAAUCCCACUAUUGGGAAAGGUUUACUAUAUUGUUUUCUUUUAAAGAUAUUUGCUAUAAUGAGAUUUAAAGACGUGGCUUUUCUAGAACCGUAUCUGUGUUACUGAAGAACUAUUUGAAGUAAGAUGUGUGUGCUGUUGUUCUUUUUUUUAAAUAUGAGUUUGGAGAUGGCAAGUUUUAGAAAGUAAAACAAAACAACAGGAAAAAAAGUAACAACUCCAGAAAUAACACAUAGAUGUGCACUCAUGUAUGCAUGUGCACACACACACACACACACAGUGAUAUCUAGAUGUUAAACUUAAUUAUGAAAAAGCAGAUCUCUAAAACGGGAGUUCAUAGGCCCAUUUAUGCAUCUUAGGUGCCGAAAAUCUGGCUCACAAGAUGACUCACUGGUAUGUUUUUUUGAAAAUACAAUUUCAUUUCCUGUGUGUUUUCUUCCACCGCCAUUGAGGAUUGUUGGCUUCUUGAUGGAAGCAGAUCUUUUCUUUCCUUAUUAUUUCCCACAUGUAUAUAUAGUGCUUUGCAAGCAGUGGAUAUUCAGUAAUUAUUGUUCAUUACUGAAUUGGCAAUAAACUGCAUUGUCCUGAGUGCUCUCAAACCACUGUGCUCUGUCUACACUGACCGACAGGCUCAUUUCUAGGGACCAGCCGUUUCUAUAGGCUAAUUACUGCCUGUAAGCCCAGGAGUGUCCAAAAAACAAGUGCCCAUUUUGCAGUAGGGCCAGGUCUUGAGGUGGAUCCCUUCCAUAAAGUCCUGUUCUUGAUAAUCAAACAGCAGAAAACACAUUUAUGACUUUCGUUCAUUCUUCUUCCUUUGUGUACGUUAGGCAUCUUUUCCAACUCCUGGGUAAUGUACUUUUUAAAUUAGCUCAAAACAUUAUAAUAGUAAUAUGUGCUUAUAGUAAAACUUUCAAACAAUACAGGCAAUAUAAACUGAAAAAUAAAAGAAUUCCGCCUUCCCCACACUCCUGUCCUACUCCUCAGAAAUAACCACCGUUAAUAUCUCUUGUGAUAUUAAAAUAUUUGUUGUACAUGUACAUAUAAAUAUACAUACAUGUGUCCUAUUGAUUUGUUAGAAAUAACAAAGAAAUUAAUGAAAGCAAUAUCUUUAUUAAAUGGAAAAUAUGCUUUCACAGUUUAUUGCUUGAAGUUUUUCAAAUUAUAUAUUUGAGCUUCCUAGUCUUUUUAUCCAUAUGUUUUAUGGAUAUUGUACCAUGUCUUUUAACUGGUGAACAUUUACAACCUCAAGAUAAAACGAUGCCUCAUUCAGAACU